AGGCAAUUUACACAAGUAUCUUCCAAGUGGUAAUGGUAAGAGCUAAAGAUACAGCAUUCAAGUUUCAUUAGAGGUUUUUUUUCUUCUACAAAUGCAGUUCAUUUAUGGUCCAACCAGAGGUUAUAUCAGUCCCUGGGUGGGGCAUUCAUAAGACAAACUACGUAGUGUGGAACCUGCAUAAAAGGACCUGUCCCUGUUGUGCAAUUGCACUUUCAACAGAAAGUGUAUUAGAGUGUUAUCAGCUGUUUUGGGGUGAAGUCAUGCAGUUGCUCUCUCUUGCCUGGGUGCUUAUCGCACUGUGUGCAAUACCAGCUGUUCUCCCACUCCAUGAGAAAAGAAGAAAUGACAGGCCAAUCAUUGGGGUUUUGGCACAAGAGAUGAAGACUCCUGAGCCAUAUGGUUCUUCCUACAUUGCGGCAUCCUAUGUGAAGACCUUGGAGGCUGCAGGAGCACGAGUCGUUCCAGUGAGGGUGGUGAAUCGAACUGAGGAGGAGUAUCAUCAGUUGUUUAAGUCAUUAAAUGGUCUUCUUCUUCCAGGUGGAGCAGCUAACCUCAUGACAUCCGGAUACGCCAAAGCAGCUAACAUCUUCUACAGACUCGCUUUAGAGGCUAAUGACCAGGGUGAUUAUUUUCCGAUAUGGGGAACUUGUCUUGGAUUUGAGCAGCUCUUGGUCAUCACCGCUGGAGAGAAUCUCCUGUGCCGCACCAACACCAGUGGGAUAUCUCUACCCUUGGACUUUGUACCAGAUUCCGCCAACAGUAAGCUCUUCAAGGAUUUCCCAGAAGAUGUGAUGACAUCUCUUGCUACUGAAAACAUUACAGUGAAUUUCCACAAAUGGAGCAUCUCUACUGAGAAUUUCACCAAGAGCGAGGAGCUCAGGACUUUCUACAAAAUCUUGAGCACCAACGUAGACGAUGGGAACAUAGAGUUCAUUUCUACCAUGGAGGCCUAUGACUACCCCAUCUACGGAGUGCAGUGGCAUCCUGAGAAGAAUGCCUUUGAGUGGAGCCGGGAUUACUACCCCCACACCCCCUCAGCCAUCAAGAUGACCUUCCACAUGGCACACUUCUUCGUCAAUGAGGCUAAGAAAAGCUUCCAUUCCUUUGCCAGUGAAGAGGAGGAGAACAAAUGGCUGAUCUACAACCACCAUCCCAUAUUCUCUGGAGCCGAUGGCUCUUCGUUCAUACAGAAGUAUUACUUUGAUUGAUUUCAUUCCAUGUUUUAAACUUUAUCAUUAAACAUGAAGUAUAAUCAUUAAACAUCAUAAUACUGUU